UCGAGGCAAUGAAUCCUCUGGGACGUUCUGUUGAGUAGUGUUGAUUUCAAUGUCUGAAUUUGUGCUUAUGGGAUAUAUUUUGAGUAACUCUGGUGUUUUUAUAGAGUGGGUCAAUGUUACUUUCCGAUGUAACGGCAGCCGUGUUUAUCUUGCUUGGUUUUGCGCGACCUGCUUCACUUAGAGCUGAAAGUUUAAUUAAGCUGAAUAAAAUUCUAUCACCAAACCCAUUCGGCAGGCCUUGUGCUGUUCUUAUGCUUGAAGUUAGUGGAACUAGAGAUCAGAUCCCAGCUGGGGUGAAAUUUGGCAGCUACAUUCAGAGCACUGUUGUACUCGAUUCAGUUAAAGCUGAUGUCCAACUUCCAGAGAGGCAUGAAGUCUCAAUGAUAUCGGUGGGUGAAUCUGAAGAUUCUGAAUGCAAUGCAGCAUGCAUGAAAAAAGAACUGCACGAUCUGGUCAUCUAUGAUACUCUCACUUUCUCUUUGUAACCUUUUUACUAGUAUCUUCUUUUUGAAGCAUAGAGUUUAGAAAUUUUGUUACGAUUUGUUGGCAGGCAGCUAAGUUGGGUGGCUUCCUUUGAUUCAAUUUCAUCUUCAUCAUCAGUGGUUUAAAGUGCUACUAUGAGUUACCUCUUUUGAUGCAUGGUUAUUGCUUCUUCAUGUUUCAGAUUCACUAUUAAUAUAUACUAUGAUUUAUGCAUCUUUUUAGCUCUAGCUACCAGGAAGCAGUUAGCAGAAAUGAAAUGCAGAGGAAAC